CCUUAGAGCAGAACAUUCGACGGCGCAUUCAUGACUUGAAUCACCCACACUCACUGGCAUGAAAGGAUGGCCGCAGGUCUUUGCACGGCGAAGAGCUGCAUUUUUAGCUCCUUCUGCCCCAAUAUGGUCGUUGAACACUAAAUACCCGUCCUUUCGAUCAUUCACUUCAUCAACUGCCUUUCGCGCCGCACCAUCCGUUCCAAGCGACCUCGAGAAAAAAAUUGCAACCAUCCCAAUCGAACGGUAUCGCAAUUUCUGCAUUGUUGCGCAUGUUGACCAUGGCAAGAGCACCCUCAGUGACCGCCUGCUCGAACUUACAGGCACGAUCGAACCCGGUGCAAACAAGCAAGUCCUGGAUAAGCUAGAUGUUGAAAGAGAGCGAGGCAUUACAGUCAAGGCGCAGACAUGCUCCAUGAUCUACAGCUACAAAGGGGACGAUUAUCUCCUCCACCUUGUUGAUACCCCUGGUCAUGUCGACUUCAGAGCUGAAGUCGCUCGUAGCUAUGCGAGCUGUGGCGGCGCUCUCUUGCUAGUUGAUGCAAGUCAAGGCAUCCAAGCCCAGACAGUUGCGAAUUUCUACCUGGCCUUCGCUCAGGGCCUGUCACUGAUACCGGUCAUCAACAAAGUCGACUUGCCUCAUGCCGACCCACCCCGGGCCUUGGAGCAAAUGCACGAUACUUUCGAGUUGGACCCUGACAGUGCUGUCCUCGUGUCAGCAAAGACAGGUCUGAAUGUCGAAUCAAUCCUCCCGGCAGUUGUUGAGCAGAUACCUGCGCCAGUUGGUGACCCUAAAAAGCCGCUCAGACUCUAUUUGGUCGACUCAUGGUAUUCGAGCUACAAAGGUGUUGUUCUAUUGGUACGACUGUUUGAUGGCGAGCUUCGGGCUGGUGAUCAAAUCGUCUCUUUCGCAACUGGAAACCGUUACACCGUUGGGGAGGUUGGUAUUAUGUAUCCUGAUCAGACACCACAGAAAGUACUACGAGCGGGACAAGUGGGCUAUGUUUACUUUAACCCUUCGAUGAGGAAGAGCAGCGAAGCGAAGAUCGGUGACACAUAUUCAAGAGUAGGCUUUCAGAAGCAAGUUCAACCCCUCCCUGGCUUUGAGGAACCCAAGCCCAUGGUUUUUGUGGCUGCCUUCCCGGUCGAUCAAAGUGAAUUUGAGCAUCUCGAGGAUAGCAUCAAUCAGCUUUUGCUUAACGAUCGAAGUGUGACGGUACAGAAAGAAUCGUCACAGGCGCUAGGUGCAGGUUUUCGACUCGGGUUUUUGGGUACCUUGCACUGCUCUGUGUUUGAAGAUCGUCUGAGACAGGAACACGGAACCAGCAUCAUCAUCACACCCCCUACAGUACCUUUCAAGGUCAUUUACAAUGAUGGCAGAGAGGAGAUUAUCACCAAUCCUGCCGAGUUCCCCGACAAUGAUGAAGCGCGCCGGGGUGUUGCAGAGCUGCGUGAGCCAUAUGUUCUAGCGACUCUAACAUUCCCUGAAGAGUACCUUGGGAGAGUCAUGGAGCUGUGCGAAGCCAACCGUGGUGAACAGAAGUCUAUGGAAUAUUUCACUUCUUCCCAGGUCAUCCUCAAGUACGAGAUGCCGCUAGCUCAGCUGGUUGACGACUUCUUUGGCAAGCUAAAGUCAAACACUAAAGGAUAUGCGACGCUCGAUUACGAGGAAGCUGACUGGCGUUCGAGCAACAUUGUCAAGCUCCAAUUGUUGGUGAACAAAGAACCAGUGGAUGCCGUGUCGCGUGUUCUACACCAAUCUCAAGUACGCUAUGUGGGCAAACAAUGGGUCGAGAAGUUCAAAGAACAUGUUGAUCGGCAGAUGUUCGAGAUCAUCAUACAAGCUGCUGUUGGGAAACAGAUUAUCGCUCGAGAAACCAUCAAACCAUAUCGGAAGGACGUCCUCGCGAAAUUACAUGCAGCCGACAAAACGAGACGAAUGAAACUUUUGGAGAAACAAAAAGAAGGUCGCAAGAAGUUGAAAGCUGUGGGUAAUGUGGUUAUUGAGCAUUCAGCCUUUCAAGCGUUCCUUGCAAAGUAGGACAUGGUCGACGAUGGGGAAAGUAUACUAUACAGGUUGUAUUAUAUAAUGUCGGGUUUGGACUCUGAGAUCCCUCAUCUGAACUGCAAAUGCAAAGACACUUCCUUCCUGCGAGGGUCUAUCUUGUUGACAAGACUAUCGGACAUGAUCAACGCCGGAGUCGGCCACUUCUUCGACUCGACAGUUUCUU